UCGCAGGCCCUCAGCUUUCUCCAGUUCCCUCUCUCAGAUUCCCCAAUUUCCAUAGCUUUCAAGCUUUUCUUCUUACACUCGCAUCUCUCCACUUCAAUGGCUACUAAUGCUGGAAAUGGAUCUUCGCACGAUCCCACGAGCUCGAACGAGGCGGAGAAGCCUCCAAUUGAGCCCAUAAGAAUGCCUACUGUCGAAGAGAUUCGCGGCCAAGAUAUUUGGAACAACUGUGCAGUUCGCAGUGUCGUUAGUGGAGUCAUGGGCGGUGGGCUUGGAUUGUUCAUGGGUUUAUUUUUGGGAGCAUUGGAUAACCCAUUGAUGCAAGAAGAGAUGACUGCUAAACAACAAUUUAUUUUUACUGCAAAACAGAUGGGACGGCGUAGUUGGGGUUCUGCUAAAGCGUUUGCAGUCAUGGGCUUUAUUUUCUCAGCAGCAGAAUGCGUUGUAGAAAAGGCUCGAGCGAAACAUGAUACAACUAAUACAGUAGUUGCUGGGUGUGUAACCGGUGGUUCAAUAUCAGCUAAAGGUGGUCCAAAGGCAGCUUGUGCCGGUUGUGCUGGUUUUGCAGCAUUUUCAGUGUUGAUAGAGAAGUUUUUGGACAGACACAGUUGAGAGCUGCGUUUUGUGCUCACAAUUUUGUGAUAGCAAAAAAAGAAAAAAAGAAGAUCAAUGGUAGAGAAAUAAUAGGCUUAGCUUGCAAUGUAACCAUUCUUUUCAUCAUAUAAACCUGAAACUCCCAUCUUGAUUUGGGAUGUACUUGAGAAUAUUUUCCCCUUUGUUUCAGUAACAUUAUUCACAAUUCCAUUUGGUUGGAAGAUAGUUUCAUUUAUACAGAGAGGAAAUUGAGGCAUUUGUUGCAUUGCUGCUU